AUGCCAUUGGUAUUUCAAGAAGAACAAUCAAAAAACUCAACUCGUAAACGUGGAUUAAAUAACACAUCACAAGAAGAAAGAUUUCCAACUAACAGCAGCAACAACAAGUUCGUUCUCAACAAGUUCUUCAUCAGACAUGCUCUUCUCCUACAGCAGUAUGAUCCUCAAUUAUACUUACGCCUCAAACAGCAAAAUCUGAACCUAAAUCAACUUGAAAUAGAUCAGAAAAUUACUCUUCCUGGUCUAAAGGUCGAAGAACCGAUAUAG